AUGGCUUCCGAUCCCGCAGAACCCGCUCCUCUGCAGUGGUCCGCGCAGUUCGACGUCGCCGCGCCGUCCAAAUCGCGACAGCUCCCCGGAGACAAGCUCCUGCUACCGGCUUCCGCCCUCGAGCAGCUGCUGGCAGCCGCGCCCGUAACAUUAGCGCAGACAUCCUCGAGCCAGGCGCAUACGUCCACUUUCGAUCCUUUCAACCCUCACACCUUCGCCGCCGAGCGUCACGCGCGUGAGCUGCAGUACCAGGACCGUGUGCAACAGCUACCACACCCUCUUACCUUUCGGCUGGUCAACCCCGACAAUGGAAAGGCAGCAUAUGCUGGUAUAAGGGAAUUCUCGGCGGAAGAUGGUGAAGUUGUGCUGAGCAAGUUCCUAAGGGAGUCUCUUGGUGUGGAGACAGACGGUGAAGAGGGUAGCUGGCCCUCCAGUGGAAACACCAGCGACGAGGAUUCGGCCAUGACGAAUGGUGCGGCAGCCGUUGCGAUAAAUGACAAAAGCAGACCGAGGAUUACCGUACACGCCAAGCAACUUCCGAAAGGCACAUUCGUGAAGCUUCGCCCACUGGAGGCCGGUUACGAUCCUGCGGAUUGGAAAUCCCUUUUAGAACAGCACAUGCGCACAAACUUUACGACGUUGACGAACGGAGAGAUAUUAGUGAUACCCGGCGGCCGCGGCGUUGGAGGAAAAAGAGAGGAAUUCCGAUUUCUGAUUGAUGGCUUCAGGCCAGAAGGAGACGGAAUAUGUGUGGUGGAUACAGACCUUGAGGUGGACAUUGAAGCUUUGAACGAAGAACAAGCGAGGGAGACACUCAAGAAGAUUGCUGCGAAAGCACAAAAAGCGCCAGGAACAACAGGGGGCAGCUCAAGUGGCGGAAAGCUGGACCUGUUGAAAACUGAGCCCGGCCAGGUCCUGGAUGGCGAAUACGUGGAUUACGAAAUACCAUCCUGGAUACGAGCCCAAGGGGUUGAGAUCGAGCUGAGCGGAGUGGACGAGGACGAUGAGCUCGACCUACGUCUCUAG